UUUACAGAAACAAUUUUACGUCAACACGUGUGCAGGCUUGUAGCUCAGUUUACUCGGUACGUGAAUCUUUGCAUGCUCGCAGUUUGAAGGAACAAUACACGGAGGGGUUUGACUUUUCUUACAUGCACUGAUGUUGUCAAACUAGAAUCCAUCGAGCGACUUUCAUCUACAUCCACCAUGAAGAAAAAGUAGUAGGAGGGAUCUCUUCUUCUUCAUUUUGAUGCUCUCACUCUGUGUAGAAAGUGCAAAAAAGUUAUCGGAAUAUAAAGCCCAAGCUGCUUUUUGUAACACAGAUGCAACACAGAGUGGAUUUCUGAUUUAAGAAAACAUGAUUUUGAGGAAAAUUCAACCAGGAUCCUGCAAAGCAUGGCUGUCUCGGAUUUCGUUGAGGCAGGAGCCGUGUUUCUCCUCCUCCGUGCCCCCUCAGCCGGUGCCUCCUCUGGUCCAGACGCUGCAGUCCUACCUGAGGAGCCUGGAGCCCCUGCUGCCCCCCGAGGAGCUCAGCCACACCCGCAGGAUGGUGCAGGAGUUCGGAAGACCGGGUGGCCUCGGUGCACGGCUGCAGGAGGCGCUGGAGAAGAGAGCCAGACACACCAAGAACUGGAUCUCACCCUGGUGGGUGCAGUGGGCUUACUUGGAGAGCAGACAGCCGCUGCCUGUGCACUCGAACCCAGCCAUCUCUCUGCCCAGGAGAGAUUAUAACGGCUGGAGGAGCCAGUUAGUGUUUGCAUCCAAACUGAUCGCAGCAGUGCUGGACUUCAAGGCCAAAAUCAACACCGGUCAGCUGCCGGUCGAGUACAUGCGAGGCAUGCCUCUGUGUAUGGAGCUCUACCCGCUCCUCUUCUCCUCCUGCAGGAUCCCCGGUCCCAAACACGACUACAUCGCUCACCACGGACGCUCCCGGCACUCUCCGACACACAUCACAGUCGUCAGGAACUACCAGUUCUUCCAGCUGGAGGUUUAUAACAGCGACGGCUCCCGAAUGACAGAGAGUCAGAUCCACGGCCAGCUGCUGAGGAUCAGGUCUCAGUCCUGGAAGACGGACAAAGAGCCGAUGGGCAUCCUGACCAGUGAGCACCGUCACACCUGGGGACAGGCCUACAACCGGCUGCUGAAAGAUAAACUAAACAAGGAAUCAGUGCGGCUGAUAGAAACAGGACUUUUCUCCUUGUGUCUGGAUUCUCCGGUCAUGAGGAUAUCAGAUGAAAAGUAUGCCAGCCGCAAAGCAGCACAGGUUCUGCAUGGAGGCGGGACGUUCUCCAACAGCGGCAACCGCUGGUUUGAUAAAACACUGCAGUUUGUGGUGGGCGAGGACGGCUCAUGGGGUCUUCUGUAUGAACCAGCCACAGCGGAGGGUCCACCCAUAGCAACACUGCUGGAUCAUAUCCUUGAGUACUGUGAGAAACCAGACCCAAAGAGAGCGCCGCUGGUCCCUCUGCCGAUGCCCAAGAAGCUUUACUUUCACAUAGACCGAGAGAUUAAGAGGGACAUAGAGCACGCCAAGCAGAACCUCGAUAUACUGAUCAACGACCUCGACGUCAACGUGUUCAACUUCAAGAGGUUUGGCAAAGACCUUCCUAAGCAGCACAACCUGAGUCCAAACUCCUUCAUCCAGGUCGCCCUGCAGCUCGCCUACUACAGAGUCCACAAUGAGGUCUGUCCUGCCUGUGAUAUCGCCUCUCAGAGGAUGUUUCAAGGAGGAAGGACAGAAUAUAUCCGCUCGCCCACAAAUCAGACGCUCAAGUUCAUUCUUGCCUUCGAUGAUCCGUCUGUAUCGCGGGAAGCAAAGCUGCAACUGUUCAGAGAAGCUGUUGAUACCUAUACAGCUCUGACUCUUCAGGUACUUAAAGGACAUGGCAUUGACCACCAUCUGCUGGGACUCAAGCUGCAGGCCAUUGAGGAAGGACUGAGCAUCCCCAAAGUCUUCAUGGAUACAGCUUACGGCCUUGCAACACACUGGAAACUCCGAACGGGGCAGGUGCCUGCGAACACAGACAGUGUGAUGUGUUUCGGGCCCCUCGUUCCUGACGGUUACGCAAUUUGCUACAACCCCCAGGCAGACCACGUCCACUUCUCCAUCACCGCCUUCAACUGCUGUGAGGAGACACAUGCGGAGACAUUAGCUCUCACCCUGAAGGACACUUUGUGUCAGCUACAGGAGCUACUGCAGCCCACUGUGUAGAGCUGCUCCUGUCCAAUAGGAUAAACCCAAUCUUCUACACCUGCAAAGAAAAACUUCAUUUUCUUAAAACAACAUUUUGUGAAAGUCUCGAUGAGGCUUGUUUUGGAUGUUCUUUUGUGCAUGUAACGCUUCACUAAAGCGGUUAAAUCUGAGAGCUUUGAAGAGUGAGCAUGGUGUCUCUGAGUCGCUUCUGGUGCUUUUUUAAAGCUUUUGAUGAAGCAUAAAACCACUUUCCUGUUCUAGCAAGAGCUGAGCAAGCAAGCUGCAUUAUAUUUGCUACAGUGGACAAAGUUAAAGGGCAUAUAAUGCUACAAAAUGUCUGAGUGAAGCAAAACAAAGUCAACCUGACACUCCAUCAUUAAUCAGAACAAGCCAAAACAUUUGUUUAAACUAACUUCACUCCUGUCAUGACAUGACCAUAAUUGAUAUGUUGCACUGCCAUCAGAGUUAAUCGACAAAUGUUUAUGGAAACCAUUAAUUGUGUAGGUUAACAUGUCUGUUUUGAAAUGGACCAAAAUCCAUAAAGCUAGUUAUUAAUGGCGACAGUGUAAUGAAGUUACAGGUGCUUUUGUCUCUUUUGAGUCGAGCGACCUGAUCUUCAGGAUGCAUUUACUGUAUGUUGAAAUGAAUGUUGAGAAGCUUUACUGUUAUGCUCUCAACCUGCAGGAUUGGUUAAUAAAGCCUGCUAUUGCAUGA